AUGUCUGGUCGAUUCGUGCGUUCCUCGAAAUACCGUGAGAUCUUCUUCCCCUCCCCACAGGCUGCCCGCAAUCUGACAGGUAGUAGGACACGUCUUCGGACGGCCAACGAGAAAGGUGCGCUGCGAACCCCCUGGGCCCUUCUCAGAGUCGACAUUAUCUCACACUCAUCGCAGGAGCAAUGCUAUGACAAUCUUCGUAUUUCCAAGAACGCCUGGGAUACCAACCUCGUCAAGGCCAACCCCAAAUACCUCUCCGUAAACUGGGAAGCUGGUGGUGGAGGUGCAUUUGCUGUUAUUCCUCUGGAGGAGCGCGGGAAGCUGCCUGAGAGAAUACCUCUUUUCCGGGGUCACACUGCCGUGGUCCUCGAUACCGACUGGAACCCUUUCAACGACGACCUGAUUGCAUCUGGAUCUGAUGACGGCAAGGUCUUCCUUUGGCGUGUGCCGGAGAAUUUCACUCUUCGCCCUGAUCUUGAUCCCGAUGAGAUCCAAGAUGUUGCACCCGUUGGCAAGCUUUCUGGUCAUCCGAAGAAGAUAGGCCACGUUCUUUUCAACCCCGCCGCCGAAAACAUCCUGGCUACGGCCUCCGGCGAUUAUACCGUCAAGAUCUGGGAUAUCGAAGCGGGCGCUCCGAAGCUGACUCUGAACCUGGGCGACAUUGUACAAUCACAGUCCUGGAGCGCGAACGGCUCCCUCUUGGUUACGACCUCGCGAGACAAGAAGCUGCGCAUUUGGGAUGUGCGUCAGGAACGCCCCGCGCAUGAGACACAAGGACACUCUGGUGCCAAGAACAGCCGUUCGGUCUGGCUUGGUGAGCAUGACAGGAUCGCAACCACCGGUUUCUCGAAGAUGAGUGACCGUCAGCUGGCUCUGUGGGAUAUCCGCGCUCCCCGGGAGCCCAUCAACGGAUUCAAGACCCUUGACUCGAUCUCCGGUGUAUGCAUGCCUUUCUGGGAUGAGGGCACUCAGUGUCUGCACCUUGCUGGAAGAGGUGAUGGUAACAUCCGCUACUUCGAACUCGAGAACGACAAAUUCGAAUACCUUGCCGAAUAUAAGUCUGCCGAUCCCCAGCGUGGUAUCGCUUUCAUGCCCAAGCGUGGAGUCAACACUCACGACAACGAAGUCGCUCGUGCCUUCAAGACCGUUAACGACAGCUACAUUGAACCUAUUUCUUUCAUCGUGCCCCGCCGUGCGGAGACCUUCCAGGACGAUAUUUACCCUCCUACAACUGGUCUGAAGCCUGCUAUGGGCCCCUCUGAGUGGCUUGCAGGCAAGGAGGCCAUCCCGCCCAAGAUUUCCAUGGCCAACCUUUACGAGGGCGAGGGUCUGAAGGAGGUCACCGGAGUGCAGGACGCCCCCACUUCCACCAUGGGUGCCUCCGAGCCCGAGGCGGCGCCGGCUCCCAAGGCCGCUGAGCCCAGUCCCGUGAAGAAGGCCCCCGAGCCCGCCCCCGAGCCGACGCCGGUGGCCAAGCCCGCCCCGUCCAUGAAGGAGCAGGGUGCCUCGAUGGCCGCCAUGGUCUCUAAGUUUGCCGACGAUGAAGAGGCCGAGACCGUGGAGGAGGAUUCGAGCUUUGAGGAGGUGCAGAAGCCCGUGGAGCGUCCUGCACGCUCUCCCGAAGCCUCAUCUCCUUCCAUCAAGACCAGCCCAUGGCACCAGAAGGAAGAGGAGGUCAAGACCAAGGCAGCAAGCCCUGCUAAGUCUUCCCCCGUCAUCACCCCUGCUGCCGCACCAUCCGACAUCUCCACCGGCGCUGCUGUCGCAGCAGACGCUGUUCAGCGCGAGAUCGGAGCAAUCAAGGACCUGAUCGCCGAACAGACGAAGACGAUCGCCUCCCAAGCGCAGCAGAUGCAGAGCCUGACUGCCGAGAUCGAGUCCCUCAAGGCUAAGCUGGGCUAG